AUGGCCAAAUCAAUCCUGUUCCAGGAUAUGGAUAGUGCGGGCAAUGCAAUACGAAACCCCCAAACCAAUUGUGAGUAUAAUCCUAAAAUGUUUCAAAGGAUCCUUCUUGACUUGCAGCUGGAAGGGAUCCAGAGUAAAUAUUAUAGCCAAUUCGUAAAUCAAAGGGUGGAUAGCAUCCCAAAAGAAUCCUGGAAUAAUUUAAGGAUUGAUGAAUUACCUUUAAACCAAUUCAAUCAAGAAAAGUUCCUGCUUUUGGGCUGCUUUGUGAGUUGGUUCCACUGGCGUAACUACCCCCGGAGGGCGAUGCGGGGCGAGGCUGGGGGCAGCCGACUCAAUCCUUCCAAAUCACUAGAAGGCAAGUUCAUUCCUCUUGUGUGCGCAUGCAUUAUCUAA